UAGACUCUAAUUUAAAUUUUAAGUAUUUUAAAGUUUUUGAUUAUAGGUAAUUGAUUUUGAAACAUUUGAGAAAUUUCAAUAGGAACUUUCUUACUUACACUUUCAAUUACUUGUGUACUAAAAUGAUUUUGAAGUCUUUGGAAAUUUUAAGUGCAAGUUUAAAAUUUCCCUACACUAUAUGUCAGUACUCACAAAGCACAAUUUACAGCCUUUCGUCAGGACAUGGAAAAUGUGGCGUAUCAGUGAUACGAGUGUCAGGACCUAAAGCUAAACUUGCUCUAACAAAUUUAAUUGGCAAAAAAUUUGAACCAAAGCCACGUUAUGCUUAUUUAAAAUCAAUUUAUCAUCCGAAAAAUGGUGACAAAAUAGAUAAUGGCUUAAUUCUUUGGUUUCCCGGUCCGAGGAGCUUUACUGGUGAAGAUUGUUGUGAGUUUCAAGUACAUGGUAGCAUUGCUGUAGUGAAUUGCAUUUUGGGGGCAUUAUCUACAAUUCCAGAAUUUAGACUAGCUAAACCAGGUGAAUAUACAAAGAGAUCUUUCUAUAAUGGAAAACUUGAUUUAGUACAAGCUGAAGGGCUUGCUGACUUAAUCCAUUCUGAAACGGAGUCACAAAGGAAACAGGCUUUGCUUCAAGCUAAUGGUACAUUAUCAAAAUUAUAUGGAAACUGGAGAAACAACAUUAUACGGAGUAUUGCACAUUUAGAAGCUUAUAUAGAUUUUGCUGAAGAUGAAAAUAUUGAGGAUAAUACCAUACUCGAAAUAUAUUCUAAUGUAGUUAAUUUAAAAAAUUCAAUAGAAGAACAUUUAAAUGAUAAUCGACGUGGUGAAAUCUUACGAAAUGGUGUUCGAACGGCAAUAAUUGGUAGACCAAAUGUUGGGAAAAGUAGUUUUAUGAAUUAUUUAUGUCAAAGAAGUAUUUCUAUAGUGACUUCGACACCGGGUACUACGCGUGAUAUAAUUGAAAGUAGUGUAAAUAUAGGAGAAUAUCCAGUAGUUUUUGCCGAUACAGCAGGUUUAAGAAACAUAACUGAAGAUGCAAUAGAAGCAGAAGGAAUAAAUAGAGCAGUAAAUUAUAUUAAAACAGCAGAUUUUGUUAUAAUUAUUUUUGAUGCAAUGGAUUUGAUUCGGCACUUAAAUCAAAAUAAAAGUGUUAAUGAAUAUUUAAGAAGUUAUACAGAAUCCUUAAGGUUGCCAAAUAAUGUUUUGAUUGAUAAAAAAAUAAUUAGAAUAGCUAACAAAAUAGAUUUAUUAUCGGAAAAUGAAAUGCAGAAAAUCGUCCAUAUAGGUGGUUUAAAUUUUAUGUCAUGUAAAACUAAUCAAAGUAUAGAAAAGGUUAUACAACAGAUUAAAAUAUGCUUGGAAGAAAUUUGUGGUAAUCCGGUACCGGAAAACCCAUAUUUAACAAAAGAACGCUAUCGUCAAAGUCUGAAUCAGUGUCUUCAAAAUAUUUAUAGUUUCUUAGAAAGUUUUCAAAUCGAUUUAAAUAAGAAUCAAGAUGCAAUAAUACUAGAUGAAAAUCAAGAUUUAGCGAUAUUAGCACAAAAACUAAGAAAAGCUGUUCGUAAUAUAGAAGAAAUAACUGGUCAUAUAAGAAUUGAUGAUAUUUUAGAUGUAAUUUUUAAAGAUUUUUGCAUAGGAAAAUAAAAAGAAUUUGAU